AUGGCAUCAGGUAUUAAUACAACUUGGAUUUUCCCAUUGGAUGGCGAACAAACCAAAGUAGAAGUACACGGAAGAAAAUGCAUUAAAGUAAACGAUAUUGAGGUACCAUUCACACCGAAUGUCGCCGAACGUACCUUGGAGUUUAUCUACAAAGGUCACUAUUUCAAAGUUACUAACGGUGCCACUGUAUACCUCGGUCUAAAUAUUCAACUGUACCUCGACAAUCACAAUAUCGUAGAUGGUACUCCAUAUAUUCAAUUCUCCAAGUCCGGUGCCAUUGUUGUAUUUGUACUCUUUUUGGUUCUUGGUAUUCUGUUUGGACUCUUCAUUGUCGGUCCAAUUCUAAUUUAUAUGCUGGUUAUUUUCCUCAUCUUUAGAAAAAGAACAAUCAACAUUAAGCACCUCCCAACCCCAGUUUCCUUCAGCGGAAACUACACUUCUGAAACCACUCCAAUUUUACAUCAAGUCGUUGUUGUUCCACCACAAACAACUCAGCAACCACAACAACCGAUGCCAACCGGUCAGGCACCAUACUAUCAACCAAAUAAUGUUGCCUAUCAACCGUACCAACCACCACAACAACAACAACCACCACCACCACAAUACUAUCAACCAUACCAACAACAACCAGAACAACAAUUAAAAAAUAUUGAUUGA